UAGAAAAUUGUAUUCUUUCUGACAUCCUUGAGUGUCUUGAUUCACUGAAUUAAAACAAAGACUUUAUUGUUUUGGUUAAGAGCAUAAACAAAGACUUAUUCCAAAUCUUCAUCUUCCUUGAAUCUACACUCUUCAAAGUAUUUGUGUAGGGAGUCUAACUAUGGCUGACUGGUCGCUGCUUCCCAAAGACAUACUGGAACUAAUUGCUGGUCGUUUCAAGACAUGUUUUGAGAUAGUCCACUUACGAUCUGUCUGUAGCUCGUGGUGGUGUGCUCUGCCUCCGAAGAUUUCUCUCGGAAGCUUAGGCAAAAGAAGCCUUCUUCCCAUUUUCAAUGACAACCCUCGGUUCGAAGGCGAUGAGCAUUGCAUACUAAAAAAGAUUCCAGUUUUUCUCUUGAGAUUUGAGACCCCUUUUGGGAAUGACUAUUUGUUGGCAGCGAUGAGCGAGAAAAAAUCCGGUAAACAAAGGUUGUUGUCACCAUUAGAAAAUACUUAUAAGUAUAAAUAUGGAGUCACUCUCAACACUCUAAGUUCCCAAAUCAUCCCCUUGGGUCAGUACUACAAGGUACAAUUCUAUGCUAUAACGACGAGACGCUAUAGAACACGACGUGAAUGUUAUUCCAAAAGAGUUGCGUUUCUUCCAAUGGAUAGUGAAGACGGUAGAGAUUUUGCAGUUGUAGCGGGAGUGUUAGGGGAUUUAAUGAUGUACCGAAGCUGUGACAAGAAGUGGACUCUAAUCCAAGGUCGGUUUAAAUCAUAUCGAGAUAUAGUUUCAUUCAAAGGCAAGUUUUAUGUUGUAGAUACGAGUGGACGUGGCCAUGUCUUUGUUAUCGAACCCUCAUUCAAAGUUACCGAGAUCAGUUCAGUCACACAAUCUCACGAGACUUUUGAUGAGAGACUGGUUGUAUCAGGAGACGAGUUGUUACUUGUGCAGCGGUUUACGCCAGGAAAGUAUGGUGAUGAACAUAUGCAUACGUGGUUCAGAUUGUUUAGACUCGAAGAGGAAGGCCAAAGGAGAUGGGUUCGGGUUAAUGACUUAGAGGAUCAAUUCGUGUUUCUUGGAAUUGACUGGAAUCUAUGUUAUUCAUCAAAGGAGCUUUCGGGUAUGAAAAGGAACUGCAUUGUGGUCAUUGACCCAAAAACCGUCUUUGAGAGAAACCGUGUUUUUGACUUAGGAACCAGAAAGACCAGUAAGGCGGUUACCGAAUGCAGAGGCUAUAUGGGUGCGUUUGGCGAAAAUCAAGAAUCCUUGGCGUCUUGCGGAAUUAUGAUAAUGCCAAAUCCAAAAGUUGGCACCUAUGACACAUCAAUUGAAUCUGAAUAAGUUCCUCAAUCAUGUCUUCAAGUUUAUUUGUUUUUUGUUUGGUUGAUUGUUUUAGAUCAAGGAAACUUCGUUGGAAAUUUUAACUCAAUUUUACUACACGUUAGUAGA